UAUGUGCCUAAUAAUUUUCGAAUUUUGAGUCCUUUGAAUAUAUUUGGAAAUAUAAUAUUCUUUAGCAUAUAAUACUCUGUAAUAUUUGUAGAAAUGAGACACCAGUCCUUUAAUGAGGCAUUCGUUGAAUACUUGAGUACAACUGCGGUAUCACCAUUCAUGUGGUUAAAUGCUCUCGAAAAGGGCAUACAGGCUAUAGAGCACUUUUCCGAGGUCAGACUUGGUGAGAAGUCAUUACUUGAUGCGCUCUAUCCAAUGCUCAACGUGCUCAAGAUGAAUCCAGAAAAAAUAGUGGAAGCAGCAGAAGCAGCAGAAAUAAGCAGUUGGAAAACUGUCGGCCCGGAUUCGUUAGAGAGCUAUCCAUCUGUAGAAACUCAUCUUGUUUCGAUCUGGAGUCGAGCUUUGGCCGAAGGAGUAAAUCUGGUUCUGAGAGAGACGAGCGAAAUCAGCGAGAGAGAAGAGUCAACCUCUAGUCAAUGCACUAAUACUAGCAAAAGUACUGGAGAAUCCGAUAUUAUCAUUCUUGAUUGAAAAAACUCUCAAUUAGUCCAAUUCUCUAACACAAAAACUUUUACCAGAAUCUUGAAGACUAUGGUCUUCAACUCACCGUAAUUUUCUUACACAAAAACUUUUAUCAGAAUCUUGAAGACUAUGUCCACAAUAUUAAUUUACCAGUAAAUUUUCUCACACAAGACAUUUAGCAGAAUCUUGAAGAAUAAGACCACUCACAUCCCUAAUUGAACGUAAAUUUCUUACACAAAAACUUUUAUCAGAAUCUUAAAGACUACGGCCACAAUCUUAAUUUGCCAGUAAAUUUUCUUACUCAGAAACUUUUACCAAAAUCUUGAAGACCACGCAGAGUAUAGUAUUUUAUUAAAUUAUCACUGAACGGAAAUGUAUUUUUCUUUAUAUGUUCUGGAACCGAAAUCUCAAUUGUGAAUUUGUUGUAAUUAAAUAAACAAGUAGUCAAAAAAUCUAUUUCAGUUAUAAUUUGUUGUAGAAUUAAUGACGCUAAAUUUCAUGUAAAGUGAAGUGUUUUAGAGGAUAUUAUUUAUUGUUUUUUCAUUACGAAUAAUGCCCACCAUGAGCUUUAUGCUUGAGCCUGAAUAAUGAAUAGUGUGUUGGUAAAUUGAUGAGAUGAUCAAACGUUCAUGCCAUCGGCGGGACUCGAACCCCGCCGAACCAGGUGAAG